UGAGGGUCGUUUGGGAAAGAUGGGUGGAAAAUGGCGUCUCUAGGAGCCUCCCCCGCAGGUGGAGGGUGCUGCCAGGUGUGCACAGCCUUCAGCACGGCUUUUAUUUCCUCCCCACGGCCGCUGGGCCGUUAUUAAUUCACCUUUGGAGGGCGGGAGGCUAUUUCGACGAGCUCCACCGGCAGGGGCUGGAUUCUUCCCCCUUUGUGCCUCGGGGGAUUCAUUCUCCUGCAGGGGCGCUGCCUGGGCACCGGCAAUCCGGCUUCAUUAACCCAAGGCAUCCCUUCAUAAUCACAUUAUUGUCUACUGGAGACUCCUACAGAGCAGAAGGGAGUGAUCAGGAAGCAAAGAUGAUCUCCAUCAAGCAACUGCCCCUUGAAGCAAAGGCUGCAGUGGCUGCAGGAGUGGUUUUCUUCUCCAUGAUGUUAUCACGGAGCUAUCUGGCAGAACAACUGGAGCUCAAGACGCGGCGUUGGCUUCUAAGGCUGCAGAUGGCACUGUUUGCUAAUUCUCUCAUGUUGAUAGGAUCUCUUCAUGUUUGGAGAAGCACAGUCACCAUGUUCUACAGGUCUUCAGCUGCCAGCUCCUUCUGUUUCAUGCCAUGGAAAAUAGCUGUGCUGAUGUUUCUAGCUUUGGCUCAUUCAAGCUUCUUUACAUUGCUAUUUCUUGUUGCAGAAGAGCCCUAUUUCUUUUCUUUAGCUGCCUACACUUGCCUGGGGGCCUAUAUCAUUCUCAUCUUCUUCCUCUUUGCUCUAGGCUCUGUAGAGCAGGCUUAUAAGUUCUUGACUGGGAGAGGCGCUAAGGCAGGCAGCAGCAAUAAGAACAGCAGAACAGCUGUGAAGCCAGUUUUGGCAGUCAUGCUGACUGUUGGGCUGACUGUCAUUGGGCUAUUAAAUGCUUCCCAGCCUCCUACUGUAAAUUCAGUGGAGAUUCCAGUUUUCAAGCUGCCCUCAACAAUGAACAAUCUGAAAGUGGUAUUGCUUUCAGAUAUCCACCUGGGGCCUACAGUUGGGAAGACCAAGCUUGCAAUGAUUGUGCAAAUGGUUAAGGCUUUGAAACCAGAUAUCACAGUGAUUGUUGGUGACCUGACUGACUCCGAGGCAGAGAUCAUACGACCAGCUGUUGAGCCUCUUGGAGAACUUAAUUCCCCUCUGGGGACUUACUUUGUCACAGGAAACCAUGAGUACUACACAUCAGAUGUUGGCAACUGGUUUGAGCUGUUAAAAUCACUUAACAUUCGGCCACUCCACAAUGAGAAUGUGAAGAUUGUUUCGCCAAAGAGCCCUGAUGAUUGGUUCUGCCUGGCUGGUGUUGAUGAUAUUGAGGCAGAUGUAUUGCGCUACUCAGGGCAUGGCAUGGAUUUAAAAAAAGCUCUCAGAGGUUGUAGCAGUGAGCAUGCGAUUGUGCUGCUAGCUCAUCAGCCAGUUGCUGCAAAGUGGGCCCUUCAUGAGAGACCAGACAUAAAUUUAAUUCUCUCAGGCCAUACUCAUGGAGGGCAAAUGUUCCCACUAAAUGCUGGGGCUUAUUUUCUGAAUCCCUUUUUUGUUGGCUUGUACAAAGUUGGGCAGAACACCUUUGUCUAUGUCAGCCCAGGGACGAUGUACUUUGGAAUACCCAUGAGGUUGGGCAGCAGAGCUGAAAUAACAGAGAUAAUUCUACGCUCUCCUUGAGAAGUUUCCCAUUUGACAGACUUCUGCAAUCAUUUUUGGUCAGUGUAUUGGUUCUUCUGCUUGGAAAGCAAAUCCUUUUUCAGGGAAGUAAUAGAAAGGUGUCAGGAUGGACUACAACAGGUUGUGUUAAGUCUGAGGGGAAAACCAAAUCUAUCUUAGGUGUAUGAAACAAAUGUUAAAAUACUGAUGAAAUUAACACUUAAAGUUCGUUAUUAUGGAGAUUCUAUGUUUAAAGACAACACUGCAGUGGAGACAAUGCAUGUACUGUGCAUGUUUAGUAAUACCUGUGGCUAAUUCACGUUUCACUGUUUAUUACACGUGAGGCAGCUGCCUUGUCAAAUCUCAGACCAGUGAAGGAGGGUUCUGAUCUCUUGCAGUGAAAUCACACGUGCACGUUUUGCAGAAGGGACUACGGAGUGUCCACAGAAUAUCCAUUCCAAAAGUCUUACACCAGAAAAGUUACAGGAAAGGAACGGUUAUAUUUCUUUGAUUAAAGCUGGAUUUCUUUAGGAUGUCUUUACUGCACUGUCUGUAUGCAGCAUGCAGUGGGGCUCCGGGUCUGGGCUGCUUACCAAUACUGUGAGGUGUUAGGCAGCAGUUCCUGAAAAGCAUUUUUUUUCACCAUUGGGAAGCUGAUAGUAAAGGAUCAAAAUAGCUGUCUUUCUGCAGGCAUUUUCCUCAGUAUAACUGGGCAUCUAGUAAUUCCUGAAAGCAGCUCUAAUAAAAGCAAAUGAAAAAGAAACUCUUAAUGUAAUUUCUGUUGCUGUUUGAGCAUUCAGUAUCUCCUUUUGUAAAGUCCAAAGCUGAAAUAAUCAGCUCAGUUUGUAUUUUUGUUUAUGCUUAAUUUCUCUUCUGUGAUUUCUCUUUUAUGAGAGUAAGGGGAUGUUAUUUGAAAGCGAUGCAAAUGAUAUUCAGUGGGUUAAUGCUUGAACUUUGUUUAACGUUCUGAAUUUCAAGUAAGUGAUGUCUUCUUUAAGGAAACUAAACUCUGCAGCAAGUGACUUUCCUUAAUAGCAUUUUUAUAUCAAUAUCCUUAUAGUAUGAUAAGCACAUAGCAGAUUAACUACUACAGGAUAAUGAGCUAUGGGGAAUUUCUCUCUGCCUUUCCUAGAACGGCUUAACACAAACUAUUAUCACUGGGAAAUAUGAAUUAUUAGAAAAUCUUAAACAUUUUUGCUUUCAUGGCUCAUACAGGAAAGACAGGUUGUAAAUUAAUAUGUGUAUGUUCUGAGGCUGAUGAAACGGUUUUCUUCUGCACAUCUCCCCCUCCUCCCCUUCCACCUCAAUUCAGCUAUAUGAAAUGCCACAAACAACACAAGCCAUGGGACAAACGAGUUCUAUGCUUGCAGAGACAAAGCUGAGGAUGGGAGGACCAGAACUGUGGUGUUGAGUAUUUUCCUCCUGCCUUCCCAUGUGAUCCUGAACCAGACACUCUUCUGUUUUACUCUUCAGUUCCUGUUCCUGUUUUCAGUGCAUGUUUUCAUUUUGUGGGAGAGAUGUGUAUGUGGGGGGGGGGGGUAUUUGAAGAGUACCAUGAGCUUUGUAAGGGUGAGAAGUUCUGUAGGUGAAGUUCUCAAGUCUCACUUCAUUCACUCCCUUGAACCCCACCCAAGGUGGAGUUUUUAACUACUUAGCUUUUUUUGGUAUCCUAUUCCUCUGUGUGAAGAUCUUGUAUUUUUACUAGCAGGAAUACUGAGCGAUACUGUAAGGACAUACUAGCAAAUGUGUCAUGUGCACUGGAAGAUGGGUGGAAGAGCUAGAGAAGCCAGUCCUCUUAAUCUGAAAACUCAAUGCCUGACUCAGGAGGCUCUUUACUUGUUGGACUAGAUCAUUCUGUUUCGCAGUACCUAUAACUUUUUUUUUUUUUGUGUUUUUUUUUUUUUCUCUUGUGUUUAUGCAACAAUACAUACUUCUGCUCAAGUAUCCUGCAGCUUUCAUAUGCAUUUAGCAGGUCCCAUUGUCAACACAGUAUCCUUGUGGGAUUCUUUUCCAUCAGACAUCUAGUUUAAAAUGGCCUUAAGUAAGUAGAAAGAAUCUCGAUAGCUUGUAACCCUCUGUGUUACAUCAAAAUAACUUAAUUUGAAAGCUGUGUUCUGGAUUGGGUAAUGUAGGGUAUUCCCUCUAGGCCAGAAGUCCUGGGGUUUUGGUGUAUUUACAGCCUUUUGGUAUAUGUACAGCCUUUAACUUGUUAUUUUGAGUUAUUGUGUUAAGACAAAUUUCUUUGCUAGUUUCCUUAUCAGGAGGCUUUUGUAGGACUGGUUUUAGAUGGUAUUAAUUUCUAGCAACAAGUUACCAGUCUUAUUUAUUUUUCCUCCUCCUGCUCUGCUUUUUAUUUCUCUCCUCAUUCUGUUCAAAUGUGUACAGAAACCUGGCUGAAGAGAUCCUUCUGACCAUGGAGUACACGGAUGACUUCUGCAUUACUUUGUGUGUAUGUGCUCCUCUUUGCAUUCUCUCAGGAGCAGAUGUUGUCACACUAUCAUUUCAAAAAUGUAUUAAAUUCUCUCAAUGUAAUUUAGUUACUUUUUUAAAAAAAACUGCUUCUUAAAGUUUUGUUGCUUGAUGAUUAGUAACACUUAAAAUGUUUAUUUCUGUGCCAGAAAACUUCAAAGCCUAUUCCUACUUCUUUUUAAUUAUAUAUGGAAAAUAUCUUAGAUCAACCAUCUUCUUGAUAGUAAGAGGAAUUAAUUUUUUCUAAAAGCUCUCAAAGACAGCAAUGCAUAACUGUCCUCUGAAGAUUUUUCUAUGCUUGUUCCAAUUUGAGUCAUAUGACUGAUUUAGAUCCGUGUUCAAUAUUACAGAUGACAAAAGUUGCUGUGCUGCUUAUUUUUUUAAAUAUUUUUUGUAUUUUUUUUGUAUUGGAUGUAUUUGAUCUGGAGAACUUAACUAAAGGAAUGUAUAUUUCUUCCUACAGAAGGCCAGUUUAUUUGGGGGAUUGCCUGGGCCGGGGUUUAUUACCAUCAGAAUAAUACCAGAAUAAUAUAAUCACUUCGUGAAAGUUAUAUUUAUGACAGUAUAUAAUCAGUGGAGGUUGGUUUUGGAAAUAUGUAAAUUGUGGUAUAACAAAUGCUUGAAAUGUUGGGAUUUAAUAAAAACUUUAUUACCAAGAAA